GAGAGAGAAAGAGAGGGAGAGAGAGGGACGCUGCAAUAUCAUGCGCGAGCGCCUCUCGGAGUGCCGCAGAUACACGGGCUGCGCUCACACACAGUCUCACACGCGCGCGCGCACACAAACGCACACACGCACACAGGAGCGCGCGCACGGACGGACGGAGAACGAGGGACAGAGGAACAGUCCGGGUGUCAGGAUCUCCGCCACGCACUUCUAUGUGAGCUCCUUCGGGAUUUACAACUUCUCUUUGUUUCUCGGAUUUUUUCCUGCUCCGUUUCAACGUCGCACGAGACUGCGGAGCCUGCUUUUAAAACUCUGCCGCUGACAGAAACGGAGGGUGAGCUCGUGCGCAAGCAAACGGACCGGUAAAGUUCAGGCGAUUUUAUUGGAAAUAUGCCGGAUUCAUGAGGACGGGGUUUUAAAAAAAAAAAAAAAAAAAAAAAAAAAACCUUUUUGAUCCCGACUUAGAAUGGAUUGAAAUGUCCGAUGUAUUUUUCCUGUUAUAAAGUAAACUACAGGCGAUUUUAAUUCUGCAGUCUGUGAAUUCUACUAUGAGUCUUGAAUGCGUUUAAGUGCAGAACUGUACACGGUUCAGAUAACUGGAGGCAUUCAUGGUUAGAAAAAGAAAGAGUGAAGAGAAUAUAUAUUUGGGGGUAAGGAGGAGAGAUCGCUUCUCCACCGCAAAUCUACUGUAGUUGAAGCGGGCGCGCUGAGAAAACUGGAGGCAGCACCAACGGAAAGGGAAAACGCGUUAUUGUUUCAGCAAACUGUUGAUGAAAAUAACUUUACAUAUAUAUAUAUAUAUAUAUCUUUUUUUUUUUUUUAAUUUAUUUAUUUAUUUAUUUUUUAAUCCCAAAAACGUUAAUUAGAGACAGGACGCGAUGAGGAUUACUGGCACGACGGACUGUUUGUGCUACUGCUUUCUGCUACUGCAGCUGCUGACUCAGCCUGCGGCCAAGCAAGUGCUGCGCUACCGCCUGGCUGAGGAAGGUCCCGCCGAUGUGCGCGUUGGGAACGUGGCUGCCGACCUCGGCAUCGUCGCCGGCUCCGGGGAUGUGACUUUCACCCUUGAGUCUGGCUCUGAGUACUUCAAGAUCGACAACAUCACCGGCGAUUUGAGCACCAAUGAGCGGCGCAUUGACCGCGAGAAGCUGCAGCAGUGUCAGAUGAUAUUCGACGAGAAUGAGUGCUUUAUAGACUUCGAGGUGUCCGUGAUCGGGCCCGCACAGAGCUGGGUAGACCUGUUCGAGGGCAAGGUCAUCAUUUUGGACAUAAACGACAACACACCGUCUUUCCCGUCGCCUGUGCUCACUCUGUCCGUGGAGGAAAAUAGGCCAAUCGGCACGCUUUAUCUCUUGCCCACGGCCACUGACAGGGAUUUCGGCAGAAACGGGAUAGAGAGGUACGAGUUGAUUCAGGACAGCGGAGAAAGCUCUGUGCGCCGGAUAGGCUCUGGAGGCUCUACUAAUGUCGACUCUCAUAUGGGCAAAAGAAGAUUUGCCGACGGCGCGAGUCGGAGUAGUGUGUUUGAACUUCAGGUCGCUGAUACUACAGAUGGAGAGAAACAGCCGCAGCUGAUUAUUAAAGGCGCACUGGAUAGAGAGCAGCGCGACUCUUAUGAGCUGACUCUGCGCGUCAGGGAUGGCGGCGACCCUCCACGCUCCUCUCAAGCCAUCCUCAGAGUGAUGAUUACAGAUGUGAAUGACAACAGUCCGCGUUUUGAGAAGAGCGUGUAUGAAGCAGACCUACCUGAGAACAGCUCCCCUGGCGCUCCCAUCCUCCAGCUUAGGGCAAUGGAUGCUGAUGUUGGGGUUAAUGGCCAAAUUGAAUAUGUUUUCGGGGCAGCCACUGAGUCAGUGCGGCAACUGCUGCGGUUAGACGAGAGCACAGGCUGGCUUAGUGUAUUACAUAGGAUUGAUCGUGAGGAAGUAAGUCAACUGCGAUUCACGGUCAUGGCCCGUGACCGUGGUCAGCCUCCUAAGACAGACAAGGCAACGAUGAUAAUCAAUAUCAAAGAUGAAAAUGACAACGUCCCAAAUAUCGACAUAAGAAAAAUUGGACGCAUUUACCUAAGAGAUGGUGUGGCAAAUGUAGCAGAGGACGUAGUGGUAGACACACCUAUUGCACUAGUACAAGUGUCUGAUCGUGACAAGGGACCGAAUGGUAUCGUGACAUGCACCGUGGUUGGUGAUGUGCCCUUCCAACUAAAGCCUGCGAGUGAGAUAGAGGGUGAAAUGAACAAAAAGAAAUAUUUCCUGCACACGUCAGCACCACUUGACUAUGAAGCCGUCCAGGAGUAUAACGUCGUCAUAGUUGCUGUGGAUUCAGGCAGCCCCAGUCUGUCUGCAAAUAACUCAUUAAUCGUGAAAGUUGGCGACAUGAAUGACAAUCCACCUAUCUUUAGCAAAAGCACAAUGGAGGUCUCAUUUCCAGAGAACAAUGCUCCUGGUGAACGUGUACUGACUGUAGUGGCCUUGGAUGCAGACAGUGGUAAAAAUGCAGAAAUCGCAUACUCACUGGACUCCUCUGUGAAUGGAAUAUUUUCUGUUGACCCAGACAGUGGUGACAUUCGUGUUAACACAAUACUUGAUAGAGAGCAAACAGAGCGCUAUGAGUUCAAAGUAAUCGCCAAAGACAAAGGUAUGCCUGUUUUACAGGGCUCAGCUACAGUGGUGGUACUGGUGGCAGACAAGAACGACAAUGAACCGAAAUUCAUGCAGGAUGUUUUUACUUUCUAUAUAAAGGAGAACCUGCAACCCAACAGCCCCGUAGGCAUGGUAACAGUAAUGGAUGCAGACAAGGGACAUAAUGCUGAGAUGAGCCUCUACAUUGAGGAAGAGGAAGAAAUUUUCUCCAUUGAGAACAACACAGGAACCAUAUUUUCUACUGUAGCAUUUGACCGUGAACUGAAAACCACCUACUCGUUCCGUGUCAAAGCUAUUGAUGGUGGGGACCCAUCCCGAUCAGCCACGGCCACCGUCUCACUUUUUAUCAUGGACGAAAAUGAUAACCCACCAACAGUCACAUUUCCCCUUAACAGCUCCUAUACUCUUUUACCUCCAUCCAGCAGUAUGAAAACAGUUGUCCGAACAGUCAUAGCUACCGAUACUGACACAGGCAUCAACGCUGACCUUAGGUACAGCAUAGUAGGAGGCAAUCCCUUCAGGUUAUUUGAGAUUGACGCUGCCACUGGAGUAAUUUUAUUAGUUAGUAAGCUAGAACAGAAACACUACGGCCUUCACCGCCUUGUAGUACAAGUUAAUGACAGUGGGGUUCCUUCACAGAGCACCACCACACUAGUGCAUAUCUAUGUCAAUGAAACAGUCUCCAAUGCCACCAUAGUCGAAGCUAAAAUCGCCAAGAGCCUUGGUACACCCCUUAAUGCUGACAUUGCCGGAGACCCCAACUAUGACCUGGGCAAGCAGCGUUUAAGCAUUGCUAUCGGAGUGGUGUCUGGCAUCAUGACUGUCAUCCUCAUCAUCCUCAUUGUGGUCAUGGCCCGCUACUGCAGGCCCAAGAACAAGAAUGGGUAUGAGGCUGGUAAAAAAGACCAUGAGGACUUCUUUACCCCACAGCAGCAUGACAAGAACAAGAAACCCAAAAAAGACAAGAACAAAAGGAAGUCUAAGCAGCCUCUCUACAGCAGUAUUGUCACAGUCGAAGCAUCAAAGCCUAAUGGACAGCGCUAUGAUGGCGUCAAUGAGAAACUCUCUGACAGCCCUGGAAUGGGGCGUUAUCGCUCUGUUAAUGGUGGGCCUGGAAGCCCAGACCUUGCCCGCCACUACAAGUCCAGCUCACCUCUACCUACAGUUCAGCUUCAUCCACAGUCACCCACAGCAGGGAAAAAGCACCAGGCUGUUCAGGAUCUGCCACCGGCCAACACCUUUGUCGGCACCGGGGAUAACAUAUCCAUUGGAUCUGACCACUGCUCUGAGUACAGCAGCCAAACCCUCAACAAGUACAACAAGCAAAUAUCAGACAGAGCGAGGAUGUUUGAAGACCUAAACAUUUCUAAUGCUUUCUGGACAUCCUUCAGAGAUUUGGAUGAGGAUAAAAAGCAGCUAAGCAGCUUGUAAUUCACAUUUCAUACAGCACAGCAAGCACAAAUCUGUGUUUGAAAUAUAGCUUAGACAGAGAAGAAGAAGCAAGCCUCCAGGUUUGAGUGUAGCCCCUGCAGGCUAAUUGGAUGGGAUUCAAUUUACAGUAUGCACAGCCCUACACAAAAUACCAGGAUUUUAAACAAACAAACCUGGGCAUGAUAAACUUUAUGGCCAUAAAGUUAUAAAGCGUACUACAUUUUGACCCUAGAUAUGAUUACAAAGCUGCCACCUUUAUGUUCUUGUUGUGCUCAGGUCAUAUCAUAUCAAAUACAAUCCUGAGACAUAACCUGAAUAAAAUACAUAUUAUGCAUAUAUCUAAGCUUAGAAUUAUUUGAAAGAUUGUUUUAAAUGCAUUAUUGGCAUCACCAAUCCCUCAGUAUCGCCAUAUGGUAUUUUCAAAAGCCUACACUAAGCCUCAAAAGCACUCAAAACACAUAGGCUUUAGCUAAUAGGUUCCUUUUCUGCAUAUGAACAACUCAUUAUAAUUAUUCAAUAAAAUAUGAUGUCCAAGUAACAUUUUCACAAAUUAACACAUAAAUAACUAUGACUCAGAGUAUGUAUAUAUGAAUUUUCUCAAACAGGAUAAUUUGUAUGUGAUGCUUGUAGAAAGAAAAGAUGUCAUGAAAUUUGUAUAGAAACACUUUUAUAUUCUGUACUUUAUUUUUGUUUUCAUAAUAAAUAAAUAAAAUAUGUAUAAAAAAGAUCAUGUAAAUUUAUAGUCAUACAAUCGUAGUGCAUUGUAGAGCAGGAAAUGGUAAAAUGGCUGCUCUACAAGUAAAAAUGAUCAAGAAAUGGAGAUGCAGCAACUUGUUUCUAUUUAUCAUGUAACAAAAACUGUUGACUGUGGACUGAUAACAUGACUGGAUAUUUAAUAAGUGUUUAAAUUACCUCACAUUGUCAGUAAUAACCUUUAUUAGGUUGUUAUUAUCUGGAUUUGCUAGCUAGCAAGCUGAAUCUUAGCUAGCAUGCCAGGCUGCUAUGAUAUACUAGCAUUGUUGAGCUCUUCAGUGUAAAAUUUAACAACAGUUUAUAUUUAUAUAUUAUUUGGUAAAGUAAUAAGUUGGAAGCCAAAUAGAUAGUAUAAUAAAUUCAUGACGAUUUACUUCACACCAUCAAUUUAGUUUCUGAAAUAUUCCUGGCAUUAACAUUAGUUAUCCUUGAGAUCAUAAUGCUAACAUCUCCCUCAUAAGCUGAACUGGCACUAAUGAUGUAAUUUGCUAUUUCAUUUUAACUCAGUUUUCCUGUUUAUUUUGAUACAUUUACCUUUUUUGGUACUUCAUAUUAUGUAUAAAUAUUUAAAUGUACUUUUACAAAUCCAAGCUCAUACAGCAAAGAUUUAAGUCUAAUAACAUAACUCAGAUGUUUUGUUUGUAAUGGCAAAUAAAUAGUCCCGGUGUGAAAAACAGAUUUGGUUCUGUUUAUAGAGUAAUGCAUCAUUUAGCAGCAAUAACGCCAGAUUAUGAGCCACAUUUAAGGAAUAAUAUGUGCAUGCAGGCUGGAUCAAAUGGAAACCUGUUGUGUAAAAGUGUACCAGUCUGAGUUGAAAGUGUAGUAUUCAGUGAUUGCAUUCAUAGCCAAACACACACAAAAGCUCAAGACAAAAUAAUGGAAAGCUCAGCUGUUUCUUCUCAGUAGAUGCCUGUCGAUAAAGCCAGUCAGCCCCCACACACCCCCAAUGUGCUUUUUUUCCCAACUGUACAUUGUUAAAAACCUUCACUCCACACGUUGCCUCAUCUCUUUCUCUCUCUUUCCAUUUUUCUCUCGUCCAUGAGCCUCUUCGAAACCCUCUGUUCCCUCCUGAGCCGCUCUGACAGUUGCAGCGCUAGUGAGGGUUUGAUUACGAGCUGCAGCCUGGGCCGGAGGGAGGCAGGGGCGUCUGAGGAGAGUGCGACUGAAAAUGAACACUGCAGGCUGGGAUAGAGCUGCUGCAAAAGUUUCUCUACUGUCAUGGACUGAAAUGCCGGAGGUCCUGAAGAUGAUGCAUUUUAUUUUUAUCGAAUGAAAGCGAACAAAGGAGAGAGGCAGAAAGAGAAGAAGACAAAUCAUAGAGCAGGAAGAGUGAGACUGUGAGAUUGGGAGCCUAAUUGUGUUAAAUUAUUUUCAAGGUUAAACAAGCACAAGGUUAAACUGUUAUAGAAGAAUUUGAGAUUAAAAAUAUUUACAUGGAGAGAGCGAGCGAGAGAGAGAGAGAGUGACAGAGAGAGGAAAGUGGACAGAUUAAGUGGCGGUUUUGCAUAACGAGAUAGAUAAAACAUAAAUGUCAGUGGUGCUGUUAUGUGUGAGUAUAUGUUUGUGUACAAAAGAAAUAUUGUUACAUGUAUUAUUAUUGAACUAUUAAUAUUAGCUGAAUUCUCAAAUCCAAUUGCUCAAAGAAGUCUUGAUUAUUUUUUUAUAUGUAAGUGCAGCUCUGACAGCAGUGCUAGCUGUAAUUCUAUCAUUAUUAUUAUUAGUAGUAGUAGUAAUAGUAGUAGUAUUACUAAAAUAUUAAUACUAAUACUAUUGUAAUACUAAAGUAUUACAUUCUAAAAUAUAACAGCUUAUUCUCAGGGUCUUGUUUGGCAGACUCUUCACAUAAUCUAAGGGUAACAUUAAACUAAUUUUAAUAGUGCUGUUAUCUAACAGAGAGAAACAUAUAAUCAUCUGUUAGGAGAUAUGUAUUAAACAUUUAAAGAAGGACCCAUUAGUAAAUUUGUCUGCAACGGGAAAGUUGUCAGGAAAGAAGACUUUCUGCUUUCUCUGCAACAUGACAUGCAGUGUUUGUUUGUAUUAUUAACUUAAAGAGAGAGAAAUAAAGAGAGGCUGGUGAGGGAACAUCUUUUCCUAGCUGCUAUAAUGUACACACACUGAGCACUUCAUUAGUAACACUAAUAGUAACUGUCUGAUAGUACAGUGUUACUGUACUAAUAUCAUACUGAUUAAUACUAAUACUAUCAAAACUAUGAAAUUCUGGUUCAUCACACAACUCAGGUGCACUGUCAUGCUGCGAAUCUCCCGUUCCACCACAUUCCAAAGGUGUUCUAUAGGAUUCAGAGCUGGUGAUUGGCAAGGCCAUUGAACUCAUUGUCGUGUUCAUUAAAUCAGUUUGAGAUGUCUGCCUUGUGACGGUGCAUUAGAAGAUGGGUAAAUUGUACAUUUUAACAGUCUUUAACUGUCCAGUUUUGGGUGAGCCUGUGCCCACUGCAGCCUCAAUGUUCCUGGCUGACAGAAGUGGAAGAAGGGGUCUUCUGUUGUAGCCUAUCUGCCUCAAUGUUCAACGUGUUGUGCAUUCUGAGAUGCUUUUCUGCUCACCAGAAUUGUACAGAGUAGCUAUCCACAUUUACAUUUGGCAGAUGCCCUAAUCCAGAGCGACAUUUAUCUCAUUUAUACAACUGCACAACUUGCUCAAGGGUCUAGCAGUGGCAGCCUGGAAUUUGAACUCGCAACCUUGCAAUCAGUAGUUCAACAGUUUAACCACUAAACUACCACUGCCCCUGAGUUAUGUGAGAUAGUGUAGUCUUUCUGUCAGCUUGAACCAAUCUGGCCAUUCUCCUUUGACCUCUCUCAAGAACAAGGCAUUUCUGUCCACAGAGCUGCAGUUCAUUGAAUGUUUUUCUUUAUUGCACCACUCUAACAUAUAGUGGUGCUUGAAAGUUUGUGAACCCAAAACUAAACAAAUGAGACAAUAUUAUUCUUGGUCAUUUAUUUAUUGAGGAAAAUGAUCCAGUAUUACAUAUCUGUGAGUGGCAAAAGUAUGUGAACCUUUGCAUUCAGUAUCUGGUGUGACCCCCUUGUGCAGCAAUAACUGCGACUAAACAUUUCCGUUAACUGCUGAUUGGUCCUGCACAUCAGGUUGGAGGAAUUUUAGCCCAUUCUUCAGUACAGAACAACUUCAACUCUGGGAGAUUGGUCGGUUUCCUCACAUGAACUGUUUGCUUCAGGUCUUUCCACAAAAGUUCUAUUGGAUUAAGGUCAGUACUUUGACUUGGCCAUUCCAAAACAUGAACUUUAUUCUUCCUUAACCAUUCUUUGGUAGAACGACUUGUGUGGUUAGGGUCGUUGUCUUGCUACAUGACUAUCUUUCGCUUGAGAUUCAGAUCAUGGACAGAUGCCCUGACAUAUUCAUUUAGAAUUCGCUGGUAUAAUUUAGAAUUCAUUGUUCCAUUAGUUAUGCCAAGCUGUCCUGGCCCAGAUGCACCAAAAUAGGCCCAAACCAUGAUACAACCACAUGUGGGAUAACGUUCUUAUGCUGGACUGCAGUGUUUUCCUUUCUCCAAACAUAGCCCUUCUCAUUUAAACGUGAUCUUUAGUAAACUGCAGCUGGGCAGCAAUGCUCUUUUUGGAGAGCAGUGGUUUUCUCUUUGCAACCCUGACAUGCACACUAUUGUUGUUCUCCUGUGUGUUCUCCUGAUGAUGGACUAAUGAACUUUAACGUAAGCCAAUGUGAGAGAGGGCUUUAGUUGUUAGAAGUUACCCUAGGUUCCUUUGUGACCUUGUGGACUAUUACACGUCUUGCUCUCUGAGAGAUCUUUGUUGGUAGAACACUCCUGGGAAGGGUUCCUCCGUUUGUACACAAUCUGUCUGACUGUGGAUUGGUGGGGUCCAAACUCUUUAGAGAUGGUUUUGUAAUCUUUUCCAGCUCGAUGAGCAUCAACAACUCUUUUUCUGAGGUCCUGAGAAAUCUCCUUGGUUCAUGCUGUGAUACUUAUUCACAAACAAAAUCAGACUUUGAUAAAUCCCUGUUUUUUAAGUAAAACAGGGUGCUGACUCACACCUGAUUGUCAUCCAAUUGAUUGAAAACACCUGACUCUAAUUUCACCUUCAAAUCCAAUGCUAAUCCUAGAGGUUCACAUACUUUUGCCACUCACAGAUAUGUAAUAUUGGAUCAUUUUCCUCAAUAAAUAAAUUACCAAGUAUAAGAUUUUUGUCUCAUUUGCUAAAUUGGGUUCUCUUUGUCUACUUUUUGGACUUGCAUGAAAAAUUUGAUGAUGUUUUAGGUCAUAUUUAGGCAGAAAUAUAGAAAAUUCUUUCAAGCACUGUCAAGCACCACUGUAACUGAGAUCAACCCCCCCACCUUUCUGAAUGUUGACGUGAACAUUAUCUGAAGCUGCUGACUUCUGCUGCAUGAUUUUAUGCAUUGCACUGCUGUCAUAUUAUUGGCUGAUUAGAUAAUUGCAUGAUUAUAUAAGUGCUCAGUGAGUCUAUACAUUAACUAAUUUGUCUCACAGAUGUUCCACGACAUUAACUGAAAUUAUGAAUGGAACAAAUAUAAGACAUGUUCACUAAUCGAUUAAAAUUUUUUCAUAUUUAGCAAACUGCUUUAGUAUAAGUAACACAAAACACUUUGUUGUGUGCAUUUAUUGGAAAAUAAUGAACUGGGUGGUAACAGUAACUCACAAAUGGGCUUGUCACACCAACCCAUCAUUGAUUACUUUCCUACAACAGCAUGUCCUCUCUUGUUUUUUUUCUUUUUCUUACAUACAUUAUACAGAAGGUACACCUCAUAUCUGAAAAACAACAUUAAUAUGCUUAGCAUUCUCUGCUUGCUAGGCAGGUGAUAUGGCUUAUGUUAGCAGUGGCCCAAGAAUAGAUGUACACAAAAUGUUCAACAUAAAACAUAUUUGUAGUGCACUGCCUUGUAAAAUAUUGUCAAAAAUAACAGCUGCUCUGGCACACAAAGGCUACAUGUGACUGUGUACGCGCGCGCGCGCGCGUGUGUGUGUGUGUGUGUGUGUGUGUGUGUGUGUGUUGUGUGUGUGUGUGUGUGUGUUUGUGUUAGGUGAAUGUACUAAAGGGAAUGACAGAUAUGAAAAGCAGAAAUACAGGGGCUGCUGGAGGCCUCCUCAGGGCCUUCACCUCUCCAUAGCUGGUGUGAAGUAUGAGAAGAGAGAUUGCAAAAGAGCUGAGAGACUGCAAUACAGCCCCUGUCACCUCCACUGUCUUUCUCUUCUUCUUUCUCAUGUCCUGCAAUUGUCACUGUUCUUUAAAUUUUCCUCCCUCCCUUUACCUUUCUCACUUCCUGCUGUCGUUUUCUCACUAAAGCUGUAUAGCAUGCCUUGAGGUGUGGUUGUGGUUUCCCACCCUGUCCACUGGUGGGAAAGUAUCAAACACGUGUUUGCGAGUGCUUUUAUGAAUGUGCUUAUCCCCUGUUUAUUAUUUGAGACCUUCUUAUGUUAAGGGAAUACGCCAGUGUUUCUCAAGCUUAUCCUUACCCUCCACCUCUGUAGCAAAUUGAAACUCCACUGUAUUUAGAGAUGUUUAAAUUUGAUAACCAGUUAUGUAAAACAAAUUGAAAACUAAUUGUUACACUAACAAUAAAAUGGCUUAGGAUGAACAUGAGAGGAGAAUUUGUUGUUUUUUAUGCAAACAAGGCAGGCUAUUAUAGGAAAAUAAUCAGUGAUUCUGAAUGAAUCUGUUGAUUCAUUUCUAAUAACAGCAUGUCCCACAGCAACAAACCAAAGCAAUUAGCCAACGAUUACAAUGUUUAUUAAAGAAUGACAUGUCAUACCUUUUAACUGUUUAGACUGUAGUUAUGUUUAUCAGACUCAAGAAUUCAACAGAGCUGUGCUAUAAGCACUUUUAGCCAAAACUCCCUGGUGCACUGAUGUAACAUAAUAAAAAACACUGCUCAUUCUUUUUCUUCAUACUUUUUUUUUUUUGUUAUGGUAAGCAUGUAUAAGCAACUUGAAAAUAAUGCACUUUUCAAAUAUUUAUGAAUUAUACAGUUUCAAAGCUCCAUUCCUGAACAUGUUUGACUGGUGUAUUCAUGAAAGAACUCUUGACAGAUAAAUUACUUCAAGUUUUGAGUAAAACAAGUUUACUUUUUAUUUCUCAGUUGAGGAUUCCUUUAAAAGUGAGAAUAUUAAGAAAUCCUUUAAUUUAGUGUUUGGAGUCGAUAUGGUUAACAAAAGUUUAGAACGUGUGUGUGUGUGUGUGUGUGUGUGUGUGUGUGUGUGUGUGUGUGUGUGUGUGUGUGUGUGUGUGUGUGCUGGGAGGGGUGGCAAGUUGUAUUUGAGGAUUGUAUCCACCAUUUCAGUAAUGAUAUUCAGGAAUUCACCCCAAAUCGGCUCUCUCUGUCUUUCAAAUACAAAUAUGGUCACUUCAUGGUGCCCUGAGGUGUGUUGUGCCGUAAACAAGACAAAACCAUGCUCACUCUGCAUUCUGCUCUUCUCCUCUCUUUUCUUGUCAUUCUCCCUAUCACUGUAUUUUUUCUCUGCUAACUAGGGUGGAGGAAAGAAUGUAUGAGAAAGAUAGAGAGAGAGAGAUAGAGAAAGACAUAUAGGAAGACAUCAUAGGCAAAUUUCCAUCCAUACAUUUUUUUUGAUGAUGCUUUAUUUUUAUUAAAAUCCAUGCAUCAGAAGAUACAAUAGGGAGGAGAAAAUAAAAGCAAGAGGCAAGAGAGAGCAAGAAAGAUAGUUUGUAUGUGUGUGUGUGCGUGUGUGUGUGUGUGUAUGUGUGUGUGAGUGAGAGGGAGCGAGAGAGAUUCAUAAUGCGUAAUCUUCCGUGAAGUGUCUCGGACACGUUUUGAGACGAAGCGGCAAGGGGAUUUCAUAUUUUUAAGCAACUCGUAUAACUUGCAGAAGAAGGAUUGGUGAAGUUAUGUAAAUGUCCCUCAGACCCCCCUGGGUAAUUGGUGUGUGUGUGUGUGUGUGUGUGUGUGUGUGUGUGUGUGUGUGUGUGUGUGUCUGUGUGCAUGUGUGUUUAAAAUGGAUAUUGGCAUGUAUUGUAGCAGAUAAGCCUUAAGUAUCUGAGUGAGUUAGUGAGUAAGUAUGUGAGUGAACAGCUUGAUACACAAUGUUUCAAAACAUUUACAUUUACUCACAUUUACAUUUAGUCAUUUGGCAGAUUUUUUUAUGCAGAGUGACAGAGUAAUGAUAGGCAGUAAUCUGAGAAUCCUGAAGCAUUCAGAACAUGAAAAACUAGUUAGUAAAGCUCGUUCAAACAAGUUCCAUAGUAGUGUAGUCAAGUUUAAACCUAUCCAAGAACCUUAGUAAGGGUGUAAACAAGAAAUGCCAGAACUAUUUACAUAUACAGCAUUUAACAGAUGCCUUUAUCUAAAGCGAUGUACAGAAGUGCUUUGAAGUUUGCACUGGAAAUCAUUCCCUCAUGCUAGUACAAAUAUGGCAGGGUCUAAGCAUACCUUUAACCUAAACCCUUUUAAAGAGUAGUUAUCACAGAAACGAAAACCGUUUAUUCUGUUGAGGACAAAUACAUUUAUUUCUCACGUAAGUGUUAUUCUGCAGGGUGUCUCAUAAGCCCAGCAUCAGAAGAAAAAAAAAACAGCAAAGCGAAAUCUUUUACUUAAAGAAGUUGCUCAAUAUGUCCACCAUUUCCCUUAGUUCAAAGCAGAACUAUUUGGAUUUGUUCAUCCUUGCUCCGAUACAAUAUAAAAUAUACAUUAGCCCAAUAAAUAGUGGAUUUAUGGGACACCCUAGAUAUUAUCUAUGAGGAAAAUCUCUAGAACUUGCUCAGUCAUUUCACCAAUGAGGAUCCUGGAUAUUAAAAAAAAAAAAAAAAAAAAAAAAAAAAAAAAAUUUCUUUGUGACAAGGCACUUGUCUCAAGGCUUAUCCGAAACGUGUGCCUUUUUGAAUUGUGUGGGGUUUUGCAAAAUUGCAACCAUGAAUAAAAGCUCUGUGCAGGAAACAAGUGUUUUACUGGUUGUGAUGAGCUAAGUACAAACUAUGUUGCUGAUGCUAGUGUUUUAGCUAUAUGCUCCCUUUCUGAGAUUGCAAGUAAAUGCAAAGCCAACAAAUCAUUUUCCAUGUCGUUAUUGUCGACAGCCCUAAUUGGAAGGAGUUAAUUCCAGCUGGUGUAAAGCUGACUUUAUAUUUUCAUAUAACACAAUCUAUCAUAGUUGUAAUAAAUUUAUAAUCCAAUAAUAUGAAUAUAUCCCUUUGUGUGACACAAACAUUUGGAUUUACAGGAAAGGGUUACUUAGAUUGGGGGCACAGUGGCUUGAUGGUUUGGCUCUGCGGUUGGGGUUUGCAUGUUCUCCUCGUGCCUCGGGGGUUUCCUCCGGGUACUCCAGAUUCCAUCCCUAGUCCAAAGAUGUGUUGUAGGCUGAUUGGCAUUUCCAAAUUGUCUGUAGUGUGUGAAUGGGUGUGUGAUUGUGCCCUGUGAUGGGUUGGCUCUGCCUUGUGCCCCGUUCACUGGGACAGGCUCCAGGUUCGCCUGCAACCCUGUAUAGGACAAGCGGUAUGGAAAAUGGAUGGAUGGAUUACUUAGGUUAGAGUUAUUAGCUAGCCUAGGUAUUAGCUUAGAAACUUAUAUAUCCUGUGUUAACUUAUCACCAUCUGGAAGAGUUUUAUCACAGAGGACAUUUCAGACAUUCAUUCAUCUUCAGUAACCACUUUAUCAUGGUCAUGGUCAUGGUGUAAGAAUGUAAGGCAGGAAGACACAGGAUAAGAUGUUAGCCCAUCACAGGCCACCAUGCACACACUUUUACACACUGAUUCACAUCAAUUUAAGGUAGCCAAUCCACCUACCAGCAUGGGAGGAAACCAGAGAACCCAUAGGAAACUCAUGCAGACACAGGGGGAGCAUGGGAAACUGCACACAUAUAACCGGGACUGAAGACAUAAUUCUGACUUGAAUUCUAAUUCAAAUAUUGUCUGAAAUCCGCCACACAUUUCAAAUGAGGUAAGACUGGGUUUAUAUGUUAGACUUUCAUAUACAAGCUACACACACACACACACACACACACACACACACACACACACACACACACACUAAAUUAAUUAGCCCUAGUUGAGGGCAAGAGAGAUAAAAGGUGAGAGAAAGUUCUAUCCUGAGCUGCUGUAGGUCUCAGUGGUCUUGCUCCUGGCUCUAAAUGUGGCUGUAGGGUCAUGCUCUUUCUCUCCCUCUGUGCUCAGUCACAUGAACUCUCAAACCCACAGCCCUUCUGGAGUUCACCUACAUAUGUAUAGAUGUUAAUUUCCAUUUAGAGCCAUCCCAGUCCCUUACUCAUGCCCCCCCCCCUCCCUCACUCUGCCCCAAAGAGUAUUAUGAGGAUACAGCAAAUGACAGUGACAUUUACAUUCACUCCCUAGUGUUCUUUUGUGUUCUUUUUUCUGUCCAUUUCUGCAUCUCUGCAACAGCCACUAUGGCACACUGCAUCUUACAAAUAGCAAAAAAACCCACAAACAAACAAACAAACAAAAUGAUGUUUGCUUUUGCAAAUUAAAACAAAUGAAGGCCAUGUAUUAAAUUUACAUGUUUCUGACAUUGCCAUGAUGAGUUAAUAUUAUCAUAAUAAAGCUGGCAUGCUUGUGUUUCUACCACCAACACCAUUUAAAGUGCCUUCAUGACCUAAGUAGUAUAUGGUUCUACCUAGGUUAAGAAUGAAUGCGAUAUAGAACCUUAGAAUACUAAGAUCACAUAUUUUAAUUUAUGUUCAUAUUGUGUUUUAAAGUUGCUGUUUUUUUUCACAUCUCACCAUUAGUCAGUGUUAUACUUGGCACACAAUUACACAUACUUGUCACAAAUUUCUGUUUUAUUUUCAGGGAGAUCCUUUGAGAUCAGAACCAGUCACAGCAAUUGAGAACAACUCAGUACACGCACACACACACACACACACACAAAAUGCCUCUCAUUGAAACAUUUUUUCCUCAAUCUGCUUUACACAAUAUCAAAAUCAUUUACUCAGUUAUUCUUUGUAAGUCUCUCUCUCUCUCUCUCUCUCUCUCUCUCUCUCUCUCUCUCUCUCUCUCGUUCUCCCUAUGGUACAUAUUUACUCUUGAAUUUGAGCCAAAGAACAAUCACACGCUCUCUAAGUGUUUCUUAACACCUAUGACUCUGCUCGACCGAGUAAACUAGAUUUUCUCGUAGUGCCUGUCUGUUUAUUAUGGAUUUUAUAACGAGUGUGAGAAGAUGUAUGGAUUUCCGUUAAUUACCUGCACCCCUCUGGCUCUCCCCUCUUCAUCACGACAUCCCUAAUGACAGUCACGGUCGAUUUUACGAACGCUGCAUCUUAUAUAUUUUACAGUUCCAUAAACAUAAGGAUCUGUGCCACUUGGAAGCUCUGCUGAUAUGAAACACCUGGAAAGCUCACACUUCCUUCUUUUCUUCCUUUUCUUAUUUUACUUUUCCAGACAGACCAUACGACAGUGAACGCAUUUAGGUUUACAGGUUCUUGCAGAAACAUAUUGCCAAAUGACAGUUUUAUGUCUUCAUUUGAUGGUAAAAAGAAAAGAGCAUAACAGUCUAUGCAUUCAAGUAUAUGCAAGUAAAUAAAAUAAAUACAAUGUUUCUACAUUUCUGUGGCCCGCUAAGACAGAUGGCGAAUGAAGGUUUAUCUUUGGCUGUGGCAGCUUCUUUCUCUUGAUUAGUUAUUUUCGGGUUGUGUGUGUGACUGAGUAGGUGUGUGAAUGUGCGAGUAGUGAAAUUCAGCAAUAGCAGCAGAUGUGUCAGGCAGUUUGAUGCAGAUGUGUGAACUCACUGUAAACACAUCCACCUCUCUCUCUCUCUCUCUCUCUCUCUCUCGCUCUCUAUCUCUCUGUACUACUUGUUUUUCCAACCCUCCCUUCCUCCUCUGUUUUUAAUCUGUUCUGUAAUGUUCCACUCUUUCGGCUGUGAACCUGAGCCAUCUGACGAAAGACACAUCGAGUAUCUGUUCAUUUUUUCUCCUCCUGGUCUCUGAUAAAGAAUUUUUUUUUCAAAAAGAAACUCUGAACUGCACCAAACUGGGUCCAGCUGGACCAGAUGUCUGUUCUCAAGCUCUGGUUAUCUUCUUUUACUUCCAUGGUGACUGAAUAAGAGAGCGCGAGAGAAAGCGGGAGUGAAGGAGAAGGAAAAAACAGGGAUGCUAGGUUCCCCAGGCAGGUACAGAGUGAUGGACAAAAACAAUAGAUUGCAGAGGGUUUGAGCUUGGGAAAGAGGGGGUGGUAAUAAGGUGGUGAUUGCACUCUGACGAGUGCACUGGAUGUGUUAUAUGUGUGCCUGAGUGUGUUUUUUUCUGCUUUUUUGCUUCCGUAUGGGUUGGUUUUGAAUGCCAGCGGCUCCACCACUCUCCUACUGCAGGUGGGCAUAAUAGAAGUGUGAUGAAAGAAAAGGAGAAAGAAAAGCUCGACAUUACACCACAUACACUCCAGCCAUUCAUUCUUUAGCUGUCAAAACAUGAAACUCUGCUUUUCUUCUGAUCAUUUGAACACAUUAUUUAUGCAAGUACACAUUCCAUCUUAACCCUACAGCAAACAAAAUGAAAACAUAGUUAUCAUAGUUGCUCAGUAACAAUUAUCAUUAUUUUAUAUAUGGUCAAAAAAAUUGGCAUGCCUUAAGGACCAUAACAAUUCCAUGUAGGCGUAUGAUUUGAAUUAUAUAGCCUGAGCAAGAUGAACUGAUUAAUUUCAUGUUUUUACAACGGCUGCAUGAAAUAAAUUCCAUAUGGGAAUGUAACAUUCAUAUGGACUAACUCUUACACAAACAAUGUUUACCUCUGCAAGAACCUUGUGUCUAGACCACAGAAGGGUGUGUGAGCGAGUGUUUGUAAGUGUUUGCAUGGCUGCUUCAGCAGUUUUGCUUAUUUAUACCACUGACAAAAAAAAAAAAUAAAAAAGUCUGCUGGCGCAAGAGAUUUUCAUUUUUUACACGCAACUGAAAAUAGAGCAAAGAAAAGAUACAAAUUCAAAAUAAAGAAUCUACUUGCCUAAGUUUUUAUUGUGCCAAAAUGGGCACUUGUAAUCACCGUGAGUGUUUAGACAUCUUGGCCGCAGGGGAGCAGAUACGAAUCAACAAAAGAAGAGAAAAAAAAACAACAAAAAAACAAACAAACAAAAAAAAACCACAUGUUCUUCCUUGUAUUCCAGCGUUCUCAGCAAUUACUAAUUACUAACCCCACAAUAGGAGCCUUGUUAAGAAACAACCGAACUAAAGAAAUAUAAUGAUUAAACAGCAAUUCUAAUGAAUAUUAUUUUUUAUUAAAAGAAAACAAGCAUUUGAACCAGAGUGUCACGAAUCGUGACAGAGCAGAGAUAGGACGGAUGCAAGUGCAGGAUGAACAGUUUAUUAGAAAGACAGACAGGCAGACAAAUCCAAAACGUAAUCCACAAACAUGCAAGAGGUCAGGCGAUUGGCAAACAGGCAUACACGGGGCAAGGCAGGAAUCUAGGUCAAUAAACAAAACAAGAAACAAACUAUGACAAGGGACUGGAAGCGGAUAAUCCAGCGCGAACUAACUCUAAACAUGGACCGUGACUAUGUCUACGAUACGGGCUAAACUAACUAUAAACUUUUACUCUUCCGCGUUGUGUGCUGGGAGGCGCGCGGUAUAUAUGCGGACAUAAUCAGCGUCUAAACUGCUAGCAGCUGAGAGCAAUUCAGACCCACUUGAAAUCCCAGCCAAUGACAGAACAGGGAGGAGACAGAAACAAACAAAACACACGUGUCCAGAAGUCAUUACAGUCAACAAUGGAAAAGCAGGUGCUCGCGCAUUCGCGCUUAGAGCACGCUGCUUCAAGGGGGAAUCGUGACAGAACCCCCCCCAAAAGGCACUCCGGAGUGCCAUGAGUCAUCCCAUUUAAUUGGCGGACCCGGUCCCCUGGACUGAAUGUCCCAGGCAGAGCCAGGAAACUGCACGGUGUUCUUGGCGGCGCAGGGAAGCGGAGCGACGUCCUCGGUGUAGCAGGGAAGCAGAGCGACAUCCACAGCCGGGCAGGCAGGCUGAGCAAAGUCCUCGGUGGAGCAUGAAAGCGGAGCCACGACCCCAGCUGAACUGGAAGGCAGAGUGAAGUCCCCUGUAAGGCCAGGGAGAGAAGCGUGGGUCUCCAUGCGGCCAGGGAGAGGAGCGUGGGUCUCCUCGAAGCAGUAGGGGGGAAACGACGUUUGCCAUGGAGCCGGAAGGCUGAGCGACGACCUCAGCUGAACAGGCGGGCUGAGCGACGACCUCAGCUGAACAGGCGGGCUGAGAUAUUAGCAGAGCUUGGUCAACUGGAUCAGCAGGCUUGGCUCGGACCUCAGGGACGGGAGGCUUGGCUCGGACCUCAGGGACGGGAGGCUUGGCUCGGACCUCAGGGACGGGAGGCUUGGCUCGGACUUGGGCUUCAGGGACUUGAGACGAGACUUGGACUUGGGCUUCAGGGUUGAGCUCUGGUGCUAUGACCUCCGACGGGCGCUCCAAGGUCACCCUGUUGAUCCCGGGCUGGGUCUCUGCACGGGCUCUCCGGUGGAGUUUCUUAUGCUCCCGCCAGCUGCUCUUGAAGCAUCCCUGAGAGCAGAAGAAAGCUUCCUGAAGGCCCAGCUUCUUGCAGGUGGGACACUGAAGCAGAGUUUCUCUCCCGCAGCCCUCGGUCAUACAUCUCGGAGAUUUCGCCCCCGCGUUGGCCGGAAACAGAAGUGGAUCGCUGGUUACUGCCCUGUCCAUCUCCUCAUAAUAGAGGUUGAAUGGUGGGUCCACCUGGGGCUGUCUAUUGACUCUCCACCCCAGUAAAUCAAGACCACGAAGUUGUCCAGGCUGUGAAAAUGCCUCCAUAAACAGCUCUGCAAACUGAGUGACAUCAUGGAGGGCUGGCGACCCAGCACUCACCAGCUGCUCCGCCCAGUCACGGGCCGCACCGCAAAACCUGGACACCAGGAACCCAAUCCACUCUCUCUUAGUAGGCUUGGGAAACGCCAAGCUUCAGAAAUACACCUGGCAGCUGAAGAGGAACUCCAGCGGGUAGCUCCCCAAUCCCGCUGUCUCUGGUGGCAAUUCAACGGCGUACCUUUGGGGAAAUUGCACGGACGAAAAAUGCGGCCAGUAAUCCGAGCGUUCCCCGAUGAGGUAUUGUCCUACUACUUACCUGGUUUCUGUGGCGUGACUUCUCUCUCGUCCUCGUGCUGCAUCCAUGUUUUGGCGUAAGAUUCUGUCACGAAUCGUGACGGAGCAGAGAUAGGACGGAUGCAAGUGCAGGAUGAACAGUUUAUUAGAAAGACAGACAGGCAGACAAAUCCAAAACGUAAUCCACAAACAUGCAAGAGGUCAGGCGAUUGGCAAACAGGCAUACACAGGGCAAGGCAGGAAUCUAGGUCGAUAAACAAAGCAAGAAACAAACUAUGACGAGGGACUGGAAGCGGAUAAUCCAGCGCGAACUAACUCUAAACAUGGACCGUGACUAUGACUACAAUACGUGCUAAACUAACUAUAAAACAUUUACUCUUCCGCGUUGUGUGCUGGGAGGCGCGCGGUAUAUAUGCGGACAUAAUCAGCGUCUAAACUGCUAGCAGCUGAGAGCAAUUCAGACCCACUUGAAAUCCCAGCCAAUGACAGAACAGGGAGGAGACAGAAACAUAAACAAAACACACGUGUCCAGAAGUCAUUACAGUCAACAAUGGAAAAGCAGGUGCUCGCGCAUUCGCGCUUAGAGCACGCUGCUUCAAGGGGGAAUCGUGACACAGAGAAAACUACAGACAUUGAAUCUGGGUUUUUUUAUCCAUAAAAAACGGUGUAGCCAUCACAAUUUGGCCCUUCUUUCCUUACCCAUUUUUCCUGCUUCCAACACAGCAACUUCAAGAACUGACUGUUCACUUGCUGCAUAAUAUACCCCACCCCACGACAGGUGCCUCUGUAACGAUAAAAUCAAUGUUAUUCAUUUCACCUGUCAGUGGUCUUAAUGUUAUGACUGACUGGUAUGUAUGUAAAUCCAGGAAAUAUUAACACACUUAAAAUUUAGUUUGUGUAUUUUUUUUUUAAUAAUUAACUGCAGUAAAGUUAAUUGAAUGUGAGU